AUGACGGAGGAAAACGUGGACAAGGUCGUGGAGCUGGUGACCAAUGCCACCAAACGGCUCUCGCAGAUCUCCACUCUGACCACGUCGUCUCUGAAAAAGCGCAAGUCCCACAACCGCAUCGGGCCCUGGAAACUCGGGCGAACGUUGGGUCGAGGCCUGACGGGUCGAGUGAGGUUGGCAAAGCACGUCCACAAUGGCCGCUUGGCAGCAGUGAAGAUCGUGCCCAAGGCCAACUUCAAGAAGUUGGAAAACCCCAAGUACAAACGCCACGCCGACCGUCUACCUUACGGGAUCGAGAGAGAGAUUAUCAUCAUGAAGCUCAUUCUGCAUCCGCACAUCAUGGGAUUGUAUGACGUGUGGGAGAAUCGUAAUGAUCUCUACCUCAUCUUGGAAUACGUGGAAGGCGGCGAGUUGUUUGACUACUUGAUCAAAAAGCGAUGCUUGCCCGAACAAGAGGCUGUGCGCUACUUUUCCCAGAUCGUCCAGGGUAUUAGCUACUUACACCAGUUUAAUAUCUGCCACCGUGAUCUUAAACCUGAGAAUAUCUUGUUGGACAAAGGCAACAACAUCAAAAUCGCCGAUUUUGGGAUGGCGGCGUUGGAAAUGGAAGAAAAAUUACUAGAAACUCUGUGUGGGCUGCCACACUACGCCCUGCCAGAAAUUGUCGCCGGCAGCCAUUACCACGGUGCCCCGCUGGAUGUAUGGCUGUGUGGUAUCAUUCUUUUCGCCUUGCUUUCCGGCCACCUCCCCUUCGACGACGAAAACAUCCGUAAGCUUUUAUUGAAAGUGCAACGCGGUAAAUUUGAUAUGCCACCAAACCUUCUGCCACUUGCCAAGGAUCUCAUUCUGCGGAUGCUUCGUGUUGACCCCGACCAAAGAAUCACCACCGAUGAGAUCUUCGCUCACCCGUUGCUUAGCAAGUAUGGCUAUGGGCGGUCUAGUCGUAACCGUCAAGGCCCUGCCUACUAUGAUUUGCCAGCGAUAGAAUCUCGGGAGAAAAUCGACCGGGAAAUUCUCAAAAAUCUCCUGGUGCUCUUUCAUAACUGCGCCGAGGAGACCAUCAUCAAACGGCUACUACUGUCUUCUCGAUCACCUGAGAAGAUGUUUUACCACUUGCUCUUGAAAUAUCGUAACGAGAAUUACGCGGCAGACGUGGAUCUCGACGCCGCUCCUCCUAAACCGAAAGCUCUGAUACCUCGACUGACCCUGGUUGUCAAGACCACCGUCACUAAUGAAUUGACCGGUGAACUGACAACUCUGAUCAAGUACGUUCCGGCUCGGAAACCGUUGCAACCAGUCAAUCUGCCGCUCAAGCCAAAACAUCAUAUCGUCCUGCUGCUGCUGAAACGCCGCAUCACCCACAACAAACACGUCAUCUCCAAGACAAUCCUGCUGACUCUGGUGAGGCUGAGAAAAGUCAUGCGUCACUGCCGGUUCCGCCUACUCCCCAAUUACCGCCUCUUGACAACAAAGAGAACUUUCCGCCGCCACAAAAACGUCCAUCUCGUACUGAGCUGA